UGGGCCGAGUGUAAACUUCAAACCUGAGAUCCAGUUCCGUUAUCCAUGUCCAGUGUGGGUAAGGGCGUCACCGCGUUAAAAUAAGAAAAACAAAUUUUGGAGGGAAAUGAACAGCGGAAGACAAACGAUUCUUCAAUCCUCUUCGUCCUCUCCAAACUCCAAUCCACUCCAGCGACUCUGAUUUUUUCCAAUUUUCCAGAUUUAUUUCCAUUGAUAUUCUUGCCAUGGCAGAUUUGUCAUCCGAUUACGGAGGAGAAGUGAAACGGUGCCCUAUUCACCGCAAGCGACCGAGACCGCCGAGAAGCGAAGCGAGUACGGCGGUUUCGGUCCACGUGAAGCAGCUCGACGUCCCUCUCACGUGUCCGGAAACCGGUUCUCCGGUCGAUUCAAUUUGUCUCCAACCGGAUCGCCCUUACACGAUCGGGCGGAGCAAUCGUGGUUGUCAUUUCGUCUUCGCCGAUCGCCGUGUGGGUAAGAAACAUUGCCAGAUUAUUUAUAAUUCUUUUGAUCGGAAACUGUAUGUUAUUGACGGCGCAUUGAUUUCGGUUCCUCAAUUUAGGAAUCGAUUGGAAUUGGAAGAGUGUUGUAAUGUUAGGGUUUCUUUGAAUGGGGUUUUUGUGAAUGGGAUUAGGGUUAGGGAAGGCGUGGCGGUGGAGUUGUCGGAUGGAGACCGGGUCUCACUCGGUUGCUCAACUGAGAAUUGUUGUAAUCCGAUUCGGAUUGGAUUUGUUGUUAAUAAGAUUGUUUGUGAGGACCAAAUUGUACAGAGUUUUGAUAACCCCCAAGGACCCGUUAAACCUUUAUGUGUAUCAUGUCCAUGGGGACGUAAGAGGGUUUUUGCUUCCCGGGCUGAGGGUUCUCCGUCUUCAAUCGUUGGAAGAGCAAACUUUCUCUUAAGUGAGUGCAGGCACAUUUUGCUUAGCAAUGACCCUAUAUCGUAUAUUCGAAAAUGUUGUAGAUAUUCUUUUGAGAAUGGAUUUAUACGAAGUAAUGAUAUAGGAGAAUCUCCAGGUCUCGAUACUGAUAGGCUUCCGCUUAACGGGGAAAAAUCAUUGUUGUGUCAAACCUCACACAUAGAUUGCGAUGUGAAAAAUAAAAUGCAGUUCACUUCAGUCAUGCAUCAGUGUGAAAAUGUAGUGGCUUCAGAACCAAAUGGUGUCAUCUUACAUAAACAAGACAAUGCUCAAGUUCCCUCUGAGACUGCUGUUGCUGAUGGGAAUCUUGAGACUUCAUCUUUCAAUUUUACGGGUAGGGAAGACCCUCCUAAUUGUGAUGGUAUUGUCAAGAACAAAACCCGGUGCAGAAAUGUUGCUUCACAACCUGGCAAGAACUUUUACUUGAAUCGCCUUUCUUUUAUGGGCCACAACUCUUCAACUUCAAGUCAAGAUUCCGUUAUUUCCUUGCCCGAGCUUCUUUAUCCUGUGCAAAGUAUUUCACAGAUGUUUAUUGCAACAUUUACAAGUGACAUUUUGUGGUUUUUGUCAUCCUGUGAGAUUCCUAGCCAUCUGCCAGUUACAGUUGCUUGUCAUAAUACUGAAAGAUGUUGGAGUUCAAGCCCUAAUAAAAGAACAUCUUCACCUUAUCCAGAUUUUCCGAAGUUAGUUUUAGUGUAUCCCCCGUUUCCCGAGGCCAUAGCUUUUGGUAAUGACCGCAAGAGACAUGGAAUUGCUUGCCAUCAUCCAAAAUUGUUGGUCCUGAAAAGAGAUGAUAGUAUUCGUGUCAUCAUUACCUCUGCAAAUUUAGUGUCAACACAGUGGAAUGCAGUGACCAAUACUGUCUGGUGGCAAGAUUUCCCUUGUAGAAGCGCACCUGAUUAUACUUCCCUUUUUACUCAAUUCCACGAUGGGGAAACGAAUCAAGACUCAAAAACAGAUUUUGCUUCUCAGCUGGCUGGAUUUAUGGCAAUGCUACUGACUGAUGUACCUAGUCAGGCCCAGUGGAUUGUUGACUUGACAAAAUAUGAUUUUGGAGGUGCAACUGGACAUUUAGUUGCUUCUGUUCCUGGAGUUCAUUCUUAUAAAACUCCCUUUAUGUUGGAUUCCAGGCACUUCGGGCUUGCUGAUCAUGGUGCGUCAUCUGGUGCAAAAUUCCUUGGAUCUGUUGAAGCAUCUGUAGUUGGUCUAAGCUACCUCUUUCGCAAUGCAAAAGACUCAAAUGGUGCAAAGCUUAAGAAAUUGGCUUCAUUUCUGAGGAAAUCAUGUGAACAUGCAAAAGCUUUAUCAAUUGUUUUAACAAGAAACACAAAUGUUCCUGCAGAUGCAAAUGCAGUGAAUAUUGUUGUUCCUGACUCCAAUGAGGGAGACUCUGUUCAACUUGGCUUCUUGCCUAGAAAUGUUGCAAAAUGGGUCUCUCCACUGUGGGAUAUUGGACUCUUCAGCUUCUCUGGUUAUAUCUGUCCUAAAGAAGCUCUUACAGCAGCUUUAGGAGGAGGAAACAGCAAGAAAGUGCAACUGAUACUGCAUGUGUCACAGGGACCCAAGUUUGAGGAUAUAUCAAAUAUCAUGGAAUCUCAACAUAUUUUUGCAUUAUGCUCUCUGAUUGGUGCCGUUCAAAGGUGUACAGGCCUCUGGCGACUGCAGGAGGUUUUAGGUCAGUAUAAUUGGCCCGAAUCACUUGACUCUGAUUUUGUUUAUGGCGCAUCCUCAAUUGGGUCAAUCAAUGCCAAAUUUUUAGCUGCAUUUUCAGUAGCUGCAGGAAAGAAAUCAUUGGAAUUCGAGUCUGAAGAGUCCGAUCCAGAGUGGGGCUGUUGGAGUGCUAGUCAAGAAUCAAAAAGUCCAUCCAUUAAAAUUGUUUUUCCUACCAUAAAAAGAGUGAAGAAUGCAUGCAAUGGAAUCUUUCCUUCAAAACGCAUUCUUUGCUUCUCUGAGAAAACAUGGCAAAGGCUGAGGACUAUAGACAUACUUCAUGAUGCAAUUCCUCACCCCUACGAUAGAGUAGGACAUCCAAUGCACAGCAAGGUGGCACGGAGACGCUUCCACUCAAAGACAGACGGAUCUUCAUUUGGUUGGGUAUAUUGUGGUUCCCAUAAUUUCAGUGCAGCGGCCUGGGGACGACCAAUCAAUGGUCCAUUUGGUUUAAACAUGAACGGACUAGGGAAAGCCAACUCUACUUUGGGUCAGAUGCUUCAUAUUUGCAACUAUGAACUUGGGAUCAUUUUCACCUUUCCCCCAACAGACACAGAUGGUAGCGCCAACAAAAAUAGCGCAAAAUUGGAUAAUAUUGUUUUGCCAUUCAUUGUGCCUGCUCCAAAAUACAGGCGAGGAGACAGGCCAGCAACAGGGAAGGCUAUGAGGGAGGCAUUAGCCGAACUUACUGAACAAGAGAGACAAAAACUUUUAGAAGCAGCUACAAUCGAGGAAAUUAUGGAAGAGACUCCAGACGAAGAUGAAGUAGUUGAGGCGGAUGAUUAUGUUGCAGAAGAGAAGGAAGAGGAGAAGGCUUACGCCAAGAUACUUUGGAGCCAAGUAGACUCAUCCGAGAGCAGUUGAAUCUCCAUUUGGAGUGAAAUGCAAUCACCCGGAGCAGAAAGAGUUAAGCACCGCAGCUGCUUAUUUAUGCAAGAUAGAAAUCUUGCCGUGCAUAUAUCAUUAAGACAUGCACUGUCCCAUCUUCCUGCUUAAACCGUUGAUCUCACUGACAAGGCGAGAAGUAGAUUUGGUGCGUCAUGUCUUUGGAGGAAAUAAAAACCGAAACUCGCCAACUCGGUAUCCUCCAAAUUGGCCCUGGAAAGUCAGCUGGAUUAUAAAAGCAGCAGGGCUGCAUUUUUUAGGGCUCAAAAUUGAUAUGUAACAGAAAUAUAUGUACAAACCAAACUUUUAUAUGAUGGAAGGGAAGUUUGGCAAACUUAAUCCCAUGACAUUUCCAAUUCAACCCUUACCCAACUCAACAAAA